AUGGCUAUGGAAUAUUUCCAGCCCCUAGCAUUCUUUGAGACUCGCAUCAGCGUGCUUUGGCUUGCUUUGUUGUGGUGUUACUCUACUGUACUGCAGCACAGCACAGCCAAUAAUAAACCCACGAUUUACACAAACUAAUGAGCCUGUAUUACAGAGAGCCUGCCAGCAACAUCCAUCCCCAUUGCCACAAAUCAGAUCUCUCAGGGGGAGGAACAAGUCGACGACCCGGACUCAAAGCGAGAGCAUGCACAGGAGAGUCUAGAACCAGAAAUAGCAGGUUUCACAUCGCGAGAGCAUGCACAGGAGAAUCUAGAACCAGAAAUAGGACUGGAGUUUAACUGAGAAAUAAAACGGCUGCUCUGAUCUUCAACAAGAAAAAUGAAACUUCCUCAAACCGGAAUGCAGAGUCUCAUUGUAUCUCUGUUGCUAGUUGCCGGAGCGCUGGGCUCCCUGCUCCCGGAGAUGGACUCUGAUUUCGGGAUGCGAGUUUUCCGAGAGGUGCUCCGCUCUCCGGCCGGCGAGAGGAACCUGGUCUUCUCCCCGUACGGACUGUCCACCGUGAUGGGCAUGGUGCAGCUGGGAGCCGCGGGGCAGACAUACGCGCAGGUGCGCGGUGCUAUGGGUUACGCCGUCGAGGAUCGCGAGGCACCGCAGAUUCUGCGGAAGAUCCACGCGUCGCUGUCCAGCGAGGGCGCCCUGCAGAUGGCGAGCGCCGCCUUCGUGCACCACAAGCUGAGUCUGGAGAAGCCGUUCCGCCACGGACUUAACAAGGUCUUCCAGCAGAGCCCCCAACAGGUCGAUUUCACCGACACGCAGGCUGCCACGGCCGUGGUGAACCGCUGGGUCUCGGACAACACCAUGGGUAUGGUACCUCACUUCCUGGCCUCACACGCCCUGUCCUCUGAGACCCGCCUCCUUCUGCUCAACGCGAUUCACUUCCAGGGCAGGUGGAAGGUGCCCUUUAACCCUCAGGAGACACGCGAGCGGCUAUUCCGCUGCGCCAACGGCAGCUCUGUGCUCGUACCCAUGAUGCAACAGACGGCGCACUUCCAGUACGGCGAGUUCAUGACCCCGGACGGCGUGGACUAUGAAGUUAUCGAGCUGCCAUACCAGGGGGACACGCUAAGCAUGCUCCUGGUGUCCCCCUUCGAGAAGGACGUCCCCCUGUCCGCCCUCACCGCGGGGGUGAGCGGUGCACUGCUGAGGGAGUGGAGGAGGGGCCUGAGGAAAGUUACCCGGCAACUAGCACUGCCCAGGUUCUCCAUCGAGACGGAGAGUGAGCUCAACAGGGCGCUGGCAGGACUGGGCAUGAGGGACAUGUUCAACCAGCAGAGAGCUGACUUCACCAGAGUCACCAUGGAGGAGCCCUUGUUUGUGUCGAAGGUUCUUCAGAAGGUGAAGAUUGAGGUGGAUGAGAAAGGAACAAAGGGAGCUUCUGCGACUGCUGCGAUCCUGUUCUCUCGCAUGGCGGUUGAAGAGAUCACUCUCGACAGACCCUUCCUGUUCCUGGUUCAGCACAAACCUACAGGUGCUGUUUUGUUUCUGGGUCAAGUCAUGGAGCCUGCUGGGAAGUGACCCUGCAGAACAGUGAACACAGACCAGCAACACCUUUCAAAUAAUAAGAAUAAUAAUAAUAAUAAUAAAUAAUAAUAAUAAUAAUA